AACUAUAUCCCGUGUUUUCACACGGUUCUACGUCUAGUUAUUAACAAAGGAAUGGCAACUCUUCUACUAACAAUCUACAAUUAUCGAUUAACCCCCUCCAACUUUGUUUCUACAACAACAAAGACACAAAGUUUAUUACCAUGGCAUUAUUUUCAUCUCAAACAAGUGCUACACUUUAAAAACAACCAAAUAAGCUAUAGCAAAAGAAGACCGAUAAAGAUGGCCGGCGCCGGCGAAUACGUUUCCGGAUAUCCUGAGCAAAACCCAGGAAUGGGUGAUAAGGAAAUAGUAGUGAUAAGAAAUAAGCAUGGAGAGAAACUUGUGGGUGUAUUACAUGAAAGUGGUUCCAAAGAUAUUGUCGUUUUGUGCCAUGGCUUUCAAUCUUCAAAGGAAAGCAGUACCAUAAAGAGCCUUGCUUUUGCACUAGAGAAAGAAGGGAUAAGUGCAUUUCGUUUUGAUUUUGCCGGCAACGGGGAAAGUGAAGGGUCGUUUCAGUAUGGUAAUUAUCAUAGAGAGGCUGAUGACUUGCGUUCAGUAAUCCAGCACUUUGAUGAAGCUAAUCGUGUAACAAGUACAAUCCUUGGACAUAGUAAAGGCGGGAAUGUGGUCCUCUUAUAUGGAUCUAAGUAUCAUGAUGUAAAUCGUGUCAUCAACGUGUCUGGACGUUAUAAAACUGAGGGAGGUGUGGAAGAGCGUUUGGGAAAAGGGUUUUUGCAGAGAGUCAAGGAAGAUGGUUUUAUAGAUGUUAAAGCUGAUACAGGUGAAAUAUUAUAUCGUGUGACUGAGGAAAGCUUGAUGGAUCGUUUGGAUACAAAUAUGCAUGAAGCAUGCCUGCAAAUUGACAAAGAUUGCAAGGUGCUGACAGUUCAUGGAUCCAAUGAUCCAGUUGUCCAUGUGGAUGAGGCGUUGGGGUUUGCAAAGGUCAUACCGAACCACAAACUACAUAUCAUUGAAGGUGCCAACCAUAGAUUCUCAGAGCAUCGAGAAGAAUUAACUUCCAUUGUUUUAUCUUUCAUAAAAGAACCUUUGAAUGAUAACCAAUCUAACAAGGCAUAAAGGUAGCUGAUUGUUUGCUGGAUUGUUUUCUAUAUUCUUAUAAUUAAUCUAUAUUGGUACUUGUGUUUAA